GCAAGUCUUUCAAAUUUGAGGUUCCUUCAAAUGGAUAGCAAAGACUUGGACGUGAGCACAAAAUCUAUCCUUACUAAGGUGCGUGGUUUCCUACGUUACCAGUGCUCAAAUUUGGUUCAAACCACAUUUGGCCCACGUAUCCUUCCAGAGUUGACAUGGCUUUCAUGGAAUUACUUUCCUACCGUUUUUAAGCUGAACAAUUUCUCCAUGAGGAAGCUACUAAUCCUUGAUCUGUCAAUGAGUCAAAUCACAGAAAAAUGGGAUGGAUGGAGCCACAUCAAGUUGGCUAAGAAUUUGAAGGUCCUAAAUCUAACUGGAUGCUUGAAGUUGCGCAAAACCCCAGACUUGUCCACUCAUGUGCAUUUGGAGCGACUGAUUCUCGAAAGUUGUGAGAAUUUGGUUCAAAUUGAUCCAUCGAUUGGUCAGCUUGAGAAGUUAGUCUUCUUAAACUUGAAGGAUUGUAGUAAUCUCCGAGAACUACCAGAUGAGAUGGGGGCACUAGAAUCUUUGAGGGAACUUCUUCUUGACUCUACAGCUAUAGGAGAGAUCCCUGAAUGGAGAAGAAUGAAAAAAUUGGAAAUUCUCAGCUUGGACAAGUGUUCGUUGCUGAGUAAGUUUAGUUUCGUUGGUUGUGCAGCAGCAGCGAACCUUUCUUUAGUGGAUAUCCACUUGACUCAACUGCCUAAGUCGAAUUCCCUGAUUCAGUUGAAUAUAUCGAGUUCAAUUAUGUGGGAGUUACCUGAUGUAAUUGGGAACAUGAAGAAUUUGAAAGUUCUAAAGAUAAGAUGCCCCUUGAGAAAACUACCUAGCGCCAUUGGGAUGUUGGAGAAGCUCGAAGAGCUAGAGGCAUGGGGUACAUUUGCAGAAAUUCCCAGUACUAUUGGCAAUCUACGAUUUCUGAAAAUUCUGGUAUUGGGUAGCCCUAGAAUUUCAACUGUGCCUCGGCUUCCGGACAGUCUGAUCAAUCUUUGUUGUAAAACAACCUCUAUGGAGACUUUGCCAAACUUCUCGAACCUAUUAAAUUUGAGAAAUUUGAGGUUGACUUUGUGGUUUAAUCUCAGGGGUCCUGGUAAACUUGAAGCAGCUUCAAGUGCUUGGUGGAUUGGGACAUUACGGAUGCUUGAGUUCUUGAAGUUGUCUUCUCCUUAUAUCACCACCCUAUCUUCCGAUCUCAUUCUCCUUUCUCAGCUGAAGAAACUUAAGCUCCAGUGUUGUAAUUUGCAAUGCCUACCCAGGCUGCCGGCAAAUUUGUCAUACUUAGGUAUCAAGUCUUGCCGAAGAAUGAAAACGACAAAUGAUCUUUCAAAUUUGAAAGCGUUAUCAGAUUUGGUCAUCGUUGAUUGUGAUGAGCUAACCGAGAUUCGAGGCCUUGAAGGUUUGAAGAACCUAAGAACUUUAGAGCUCGUGGAACUUUCAUCAUUGGCAAAGUUGCCUGAUCUGACUAUCUUGAAUAAGCUCAAGAAAAUUCAUUUAAAAGGUUGUACAAAGCUGAUUGAGAUUCACGGUGGUCCUGAAUCGUUGGAGAUGCUUCACAUUGUGAACUGUCCAAAUCUGCAAGAGUUUCCUUAUCCAUCAAGCUUCAAGAGUUUCAGAGUUUGGAAUUCUGAAACCAAGGAAACAACAUCAGAUCUUAUUUUCCGAGAACUGAUCAAUGACAACACGAGAAUGUAAAAAAGUUUCCUUUUUGUUGAAAUAAGAAAGGAGUUAGUCUUUUUGUUCCCCACUUUCUCCGCUUAAUGUAAAGUGACAACGAAUACAUAUGUAAUUUUACUAACGACGGACUAAAUGACCAUGAUU